GCCGAAGGCGAGGUGGCAGCUCUGAACAGACGUAUCCAGCUAGUGGAAGAAGAGUUGGACCGUGCCCAGGAGCGGCUGGCCACAGCCUUGCAGAAACUGGAGGAGGCGGAGAAAGCAGCGGAUGAGAGCGAGAGAGGAAUGAAGGUUAUUGAGAACAGAGCAAUGAAAGAUGAAGAGAAAAUGGAAAUUCAAGAAAUGCAACUGAAGGAGGCCAAGCAUAUUGCUGAAGAGGCUGACCGCAAAUACGAGGAGGUUGCCCGUAAACUGGUUAUUUUGGAGGGUGAACUGGAAAGAGCUGAAGAGCGUGCAGAGGUGUCCGAAGUUAAAUGUAGCGACCUUGAAGAGGAGUUAAAGAAUGUCACUAACAACCUGAAGUCUCUGGAAGCUCAAUCUGAAAAGUACUCAGAGAAAGAAGAUAAAUACGAAGAAGAAAUCAAGAUUCUCUCUGACAAGCUUAAAGAAGCUGAAACUCGUGCUGAAUUUGCGGAGAGAACUGUUGCCAAACUGGAAAAGUCUAUCGAUGACCUGGAAGACGAGCUGUACGCUCAGAAGCUGAAGUACAAAGCAAUCAGUGAGGAGCUUGACCAUGCUCUCAAUGACAUGACCUCUUUGUGAGCUGCACCGACGGGGGG